UUCAUCGCAGACCUUAUAUCGUACACCCACUCGCAACCCCGUGGAGUACGGCGGCCGUCACUAUAAAAAUCUGCACCCGAAGCUCGCGACUCGAACUCUUCCGAUCGCACGGUCAGUCGGCGCUCGUGGUUGUACCCAUAGAAGACAAUAAGAAUAUAGCCUACGACAAAUAUAUACAUAUAUAUAUAUAUAUAUAUUAUUGCUGUUAUUAUUACGAUUUGGUUUUCUCUCGUUGAUACAAAGACGAUGGCAAGUAAAUUUUCCGUGUUAUUUGUCGGGUUCGUGGCCGCUGUGGUCGUCGCCCCGUACAUGAUGACAGAGGCGAGAUACCUACCCACUCGGGGAAACGACGACCGGUUGACCAGAUUAAAAGAACUGCUGACGGACUUAUUGAAUUCAGGUGCGCAGCCCAACUUGGAUAUGGAAAGACCAUACGUGGAAUUGGACGGUGAUUUUAGCAGACUAAGACCUAGAGAGUACAACAUACCUGAAAAGUCAAUAAUGGAACUAUUCAACCCGACAGUACCACACCAUCAGAGGCCUAGGUCUUAAAGAUGCAAAACUAAUUUUUAAUUAAAUAUAUACAUAUAUACAUUAUACAUAUACUAACUGUCUUAAGUCCGUUUGUUUUUUUCCAUUUAAAUUAUUUUAUCGCUUUUUCAAGCCAAAUAAAUAUUAUUAUAAUUACCUAUACUAUUUUUCGUCAUAAAAUAAAAAUGUAGACUGUAGGUAUUACUGCGUGAACAAUCUAUUUUCCUCUUCAAAAUGUGUUAACUAAAACUAUAAAAGUUUGAAUAAUAUAUCUUAUGUUUGAAAUUUGAAUUGUUCCUCAUGUUAAUGGAAAAUAAAUAAACAUCCGCUAAAAUAA